GAAGCGAUCACGAAGUGGCGAUGAUCGGGGACCGACUGAUAAUCGAGUGGAUAUUUGUGACUGUCUCUGUCCAACUAUGUCAGGGCGAUUACACGUCAAAUCUAAGACUUGUUAAUAUGGUAUAUCGCCAUGGCGACCGAUCCCCUAUUGACGUAUACAAAGGAGAUCCUAACGGCAAAGAUGUGUGGCCAAAUGGUUUUGGGUGGCUCUCCAAGAUUGGGAUGAAUCAACAUUAUGAACUGGGUCAGUGGAUAAGGAACCGUUACAUGGGCUUCUUAAGUAGUAAUUACAACAACACAGAGAUGUUGGUGACAAGUUCUGAUGAGGACAGAUGUCUGAUGAGUGCAGCUUGUAACCUGGCUGGACUGUAUCCUCCCGCUGGUGAACAAGUGUGGAAUAGUAACAUGACCUGGCAACCAAUUCCUAUCCACACAAAACCUAAAUAUGAGGACAAUCGUAUCAACAUGGGAGAAAGUUGCCCAUCCUACACCCAGCAGUACGAUGCUGACAUGAGGUCUCCUCGUAUAGCUGCCAUUGACAAGGCUAAUGAGGAUUUUUAUGAUUUUUUGUACAACAAAACUGGAUGGGGACCUCAGAAUGUCACGACCUUGUGGAAGAUAUCUGACUUGUUACUCUGUGAGAAAGCUCAUGGACUGAAAUGGGAAAGCUGGGCAAACAAAACAUGGAGGAAUGAGAAUAUGACCGUGUAUGAAAAGCUCCAUUAUCUUGAUGAUAUUGCCUUUAGAUUAAUGUUCAGUGGGCAUAAGAGCAGAUUAAAGGGAGGUCCUCUACUUAAAGAAAUUAUUGAGAAUAUGAGGAAUCAGUUGAAAGGAUCUCAAAAAACAAAGCUGUACAUGCACUCUGGGCAUGAUACCACUGUAGCUGCCCUGUUAACAGCUCUAGGACUGUUUGAGCAUGGAAAGAGUCCCCCUUAUGCUGCAAUGGUGUCCAUAGAACUAAGGGAUAACACCACAGUCCAUCCUUAUCAACAAUUUGUCAAUGUCUGGUACAAAAAUACCACAGAUAAUGUGUACAAAUUGACAAUACCUGGUUGUCUCAUAGACUGUCCGUACGAUAGGUUCCUCAGUUUAACCAAAGACAAGAUUCCUACAGAUUGGAACAAGGAAUGUGGAUUAACAGAUCACUCUGGAAAAGAAAAGAAAACAUUCUUUACUACUUCCACUAUUUUGGCCGUUGUCCUGGGCAGUCUCCUGCUGGUUACCCUUGUGGUGUUAGUGGUCAUGUGUCUGCAGGGAAGGAAAGCAAAUGUGGGAUUUGGAAAACUUUUAGAAACCAACACGUGAUAGCACCAUACUUACUGUGAUAUAUCCAAUGAAUGUUAAAUACAGUUUACCUAAUCGUGGCUCCAAUAUUGUUUAUUUCUAAUUUCUAUCUAUAAUUCUAAGCACAUAACGGGCGCAUGUAUUUUUGCUUAAAUUUCUCAUCCUUGUGAAAAAUGUUCAAAUUUGUAUUCUGGUAACUAGUUUUUUUAACCUUAAAUAUGACAUAUUGAAUUUUCAAAGAAAAAAAAUGGUUGUGUAUUCAAAUACCACAUACUUAUAUUUCUUAAGAUAAGAUUUGCAUUGGUGUUUUGUUAUUUUGAUUUUUUUAAAUUAUGAGUCUA